AAACAGGCCUAGGAGAGUGAUAAACGUCCAGUUUGGGCAUUUGGCUCGUCCCUAUCCGCGCCGUGGUCGGAAGUCGAAACUAUCCGCUGCGGUAGUAGAGAUGCUCUCGUUGCGGCCACCCCCUACCACUUUCUCGCGCCCCUUGAGGUGGCCGAGACGGGGUCGCCUCGGCGGAGCCGCCGCGGCGCAAUAUGUUAGCGCCGCGGCACCGUCGGCCGCUCUGGAGUCAGCUGCACCUCCGGAGAGCGUCUCCUUCCCGAUUCUGGUGAAUGGCUGCACUGGUAAAAUGGGGUUAUCUGUCGCUGAGGCUGCUGCUCUGAGGGGCCUUCACCUAGUCCCUGUUUCAUUCAGUAGUAGAGAGAAGGUUGAAAAAACAAUACAAGUUGGACAAACAGACAUUCGGAUAUAUGGUCCUUCUGCAAGAGAAGAUAUUCUUUCAUCUGUGGCUGAUGAAUUCCCAGAUGUCAUUAUUGUGGACUACACAGCACCUGAUUCUGUGAACUCUAAUGCUGAGCUCUAUUGCAAGCUUGGCUUGCCAUUUGUGAUGGGCACAACUGGUGGGAACAGGCAUUUGCUCUACAAGUCAGUGCAAGAUUCAAAAAGUUAUGCACUAGUAUCUCCACAGAUGGGUAAACAGGUGGUUGCAUUUGUUGCUGCAAUGAAAAUCAUGGCUGAGCAGUUUCCAGGGGCCUUUUCAGGCUAUCAUUUAGAGGUUUUAGAAUCCCAUCAAGCUGGCAAGCUGGACACAUCUGGUACAGCUAAAGACGUGAUUGCUUGUUUUGAGAAACUAGGUGUGUCAUAUGACAUGAACCGGAUGGUCAAGAUUAGAGAUCCUGAACAGCAGCUUGAGAUGGUGGGUGUCCCUGAAGAACACAUUCAAGGGCAUGCAUUCCAUCUGUAUCAUCUUACUUCUCCUGAUGACAGUGUUUCAUUUGAGUUCCAGCACAAUGUUUGUGGUCGUUCAAUCUACGCUGAAGGAACUAUUGAUGCGGCAAUAUUUCUGCAUAGGAAGGUACAAUCAAAGGACUCUAAGAGAAUAUAUAAUAUGGAUGAUGUCCUGAGAGAAGGAUAUAUGCGAUAAAGUCUACUGAUUGGCUGUUCAUAAAUAAUAUGCAGCACAAUAUUAUUUUUUUGUUAGUCUAUGGGUUAGAUAUUAAUAGAGUUGUGUGCGAAUUAAAUUAAAAAGGUUAUGCACUAAGUUCUUUAAGUUUCUAUCAAAACAAAGACAUGAAAAAGAGAACAUACAUAAAAGGUAUAUAAGUUGAAGUUUGUUUUAAGGUCAAAGAGCAAUCAACGUAGUGUUAUAGUAAUGGAGCA